GAAGGUAAGAAGAGCUGGGAGCCAGGAUUUACUGCACCUAUAAAACAAGAUACCACCAGUAAAGUUACCUGCAGCAUCUUGCCUUUGCGUAAAGGCAAAGAUGUUUGCCUGAAGUCCAAAAUUCAGCAGCAACCAGGAGCAGAGGCUGUAUCCCAUCUUUGUGAAAGCAGUUUUGAUUUUAUCCGUGCUGAAGGGUUUGUGUUUUCUCAUGUUGCUGAUGAAGGGAUUAUAAAUGCCUGUGCAGGUAACCUGCUACGAUACAGAAAACAAGUUGGAGCAGAGAACAUUCAGAUUUUUGCUGAUAUUAAAAAGAAACAUAGUGCUCACGCUCUGACAGCGGAUGUCAGCGUGGCCCAGACCGCUUCGGCUGCUGAGCUCUUCCUGGCUGAUGGGGUUGUACUGACUGGCACAGCCACUGGACUGCCCACGGAUCCCCAGGAGCUGAAAGAGGUUAAAGAUGCUGUGAAGAUUCCUGUGCUGAUUGGGUCUGGAGUGACUCUGGAGAAUGUGAGGAAUUACUUGGAUGCAAAUGCUCUAAUAAUUGGUUCUUAUUUCAAGAAAGAAGGUUAUUGGGCAAAUGCUGUUGAUCCUGACCGAGUAAAGAAAUUUAUGGAACACAUAAGUAAACUGAGAGAAUGAGUUUGUCAGUAAACAGUAUUUUUUGUGUGUGUGUGUAUAAAUGUAUUAUGAUAAAUCUUACAGAAUUAAAGCACAAAUGUGUGGUUUAGGGGCUAAUAACAUGAAAUGAAAACACUCAUCAUCUCCAUAACUAGCUGGGAAACAUGGUGGCGCUUACGAUAAACUGGUGCUCUGAUAUUUGCUUCUAGGCAGCGCAUUUCUAUGGCACUCAAAGCCAGCGUCAAUGCAAAACCACCUCUCCGAAGACUUGUGUAAUGUAUUCUCUCUUAUAAGUAAAAUGCUAUGGAGUUUAAGAAUUUGUAGUAAAUACUCAUCACAGGUGAGCUGAGUUUUGUUUUGCCUGUGAGUACAAUAGAAUGCCCUUAGUUUACAGCUAAGAGUAUUGUAAAUUGGACAAGUUAAUUAGUCUUUCAGUUUCCCCAUCUGUAAAAUGAUGAUAAUAGUACCUGCAUCACAUGGGGGUUGUAAGACAUAAUAAAUGAAUGAAUGUACAGCUCUUUCAUCUCUUCAAAUGAAGGGCUCCUUUAAAGUUCAAGAUAAUUUUUUUUUAUUAGAAUUGUGCAUUUAUUACAAAAAAUGUAGUAAUUGUAUACCAUACAAAAAAAUUAGGAUAAUUGGGAAAUUGAUAUACUUACAAUACUUAUUAGAGAGUACACGUAAAUAUUUAAUUACA